AUGUCUUACUAUCUACCGGUCAAUUUAACAGUAGUUUUAUCAUUAGUUAUUUUUAUUUUCUAUCUUUUAGGCUUACAAAAUAUAUUAACGAGUUAUCAAAAAAAUGAUUGUGAAAUGACAUUUAUGUUUCAAUAUCCACAAUUUGUGGAAAUAUCAUUACCUGAUGAAAUUCGUCAAAAGUAUUUUAAAUAUACCCUAUAUGGGUACAGUGAAGGAAGUUUUACAGCUCAGUUGAGAAAAAUGAAUUUCAAGGGAAUUCCAGUUUUAUAUAUACCUGGCUCUAGUGGUUCACAUAAACAAGGAAGAUCAUUGGCUUCUGUCAGUUUAAGAAAAAGUGUUAAUUCUAGAGCUCCUUAUCAUUUUAAUUAUUUUAUGAUUGAUUUUAACGAAGAACAGUCAGCUAUUUUUGGGGGAGUUUUAGAGCAUCAAACUAAAUUUGUCGUUCAUUGUAUAAAAAAAAUAUUGUCGUUAUAUCAAAAUAAUGAAGGCACAAAACCGGAAUCUGUUAUUUUGAUCGGUCAUUCAAUUGGUGGAAUUUUAGCCAAGGCUGCCCUUAUGGAUGAUAAUUUUGACUCAAAAACAGUUCGUUUAAUAAUUACACUGGCAAGCCCUCAUAAAUAUCCCCUCGUUCAGUUUGAUUCAUACAUUUCGACAUUUUAUCAAAAAGUUAAUAAUUUUUGGAAUAACAACACAAAUUUAAAACAUGUUAAUUAUGUAUCUAUUGGUGGAGGAUUUAAAGAUUUGAUAGUAAGACCAGAUGUCACUUUUGACUCCAAAGCAGACUUUAGUGUUGCAACAACUGCCGUUCCAGGAGUUUGGCUUUCGAAUGAUCAUUUAAGUAUAAUGUGGUGUAAACAAUUAAUUUUGACAAUAAUCAGAGCAUUAUUCGAUUCGAUUGACAUUUCCACAAAACAAUUAUCUUCUAAUAAAGAAUACAUUAACUCUGUUUUCCAGUAUCAUUUACUGAAAAGAAGUGCUGGAAAAAAAUACUUUGGAUCUCUUGUAAGUAGAUUUUCAUCAUUUGAAAAAAGUACAAAUUGGUAUGAAAAUUUACAACGACAAUUCACGGUCACAAAAACACGUGGUGUUAACACAAACAAUUACAUAAUGAUAAGGUUGUUUUUGGAACCGAAAAAUGAAAUGGCAUUUAUAGAAGCAAAAAAUUUAAACGUGAGAGACUGGGUGUACGUUUGUACGGCUGAUUUAGUGUAUAAUUCCAUAAGAAUGUGCGAAAGCGGAGAAAAUUUAUCAAAUGAAACAGAAAUAGCACCCGUGAAUUCUGAACAAAAAUACAAAAGGAAAUUUGUUAAUUUAAAUUUAUUGGAACUGAAACAUAAAUCUUUUUCUCACGUCAUCGUCAAAAUUCCUCCGUCGGAUUCUUACAUGUCGGUGAGCGUUGAUAUUUAUCAAAAAUCAGAAAGAAAUCUUAAUUGCAACGUUCCGAGGAUUUAUUCGAUCGUACCUGAAACGAUUAUCGAAAAUACUCACGGUGAUGCUCUCUACUAUUCAAUCAACCUAAUAGGUUUCGAAAACAUUUGGCAAUCUUACGUUUUGACACUCGAAUCGAAUUCGUGUAAAAAUUCAAACAAUAAUGCUGUUGUCACAUUUAAAGUUCCAUGGUUGAACGCGGAUCAACAUUUUUUUUUCGAAAACAAAGACGUUUUGAUGGUUCCACUAAAUUUAAUGUCGCCCAAACCGAAAAACUCGGAUGAAUUUUUACAUCCUGCCGUUAAAUUAAAUUUAGAUCCGACGUGUAAAUAUAAAAUAAAAAUUCACACUUCCGUCAUUGGAAUAUUUUCCCAAGGAGCUCGUUAUUAUUCUCUCAUGUUACCCGCAUUUUUGGCGACGGUUGCCAUUCUCACGGUGAGACAACAAAUUUUGUUUUUGGAAGAAAAAAAAUGCGUUCUUUUUCAUUCUGCUCUCUCGACGGCUGUUUGGAAUAUUUCUUUCGAUAUUUCCAUCCCCCGAUUUUUCAACGUUGACGGAAUUAAAUUUGGAUUCAUUUUUUUUGAUUAUUUUGCUUUAUGCUGUUGCCAUAAUAGUCACAUAUGCGUUGGGAGCGGGUUGCUACGUGGCAAUUGUCAUGAACUACUUGCCAGAGCCGUUUCCGGAAUCAUUAACUGGUCUGAAUGGGUCAUUUCCGCUUUGCAUCAGGUGCCUUUAAUCGCGGCCGUUUUAUUAAUAUCAUUAUCACUUUCGACGUGCGGAGCUAUUUCGUUAUGGCUCGGAACUUUAUUUUACUUUUUGAAACUUUGCAAAAUGUACGAAGAAUAUUUGGAAGAAUUGUUUAAUUAUUCGCUGAAACUAAUUGCAAAGACGGUGAAAAAAGUCGUCAACUCGAAAGAAUCCCAAGAAAAAAAAUUAAAAGAAAUAAAAGGUGGGGGAGAUGACGAAAAAGAUUCGGAGAAAAUCUCGGAAGAAAUGGAUUUAUUAUCAAACAUUCAUUUUCACACGUCUGUCUUUUUGAUUUGGCUUUUGACGUCCAUUUUGUACGUUCCCUCAUUGCAAGCGUGGGCGAAAAAUCAUCGGUACAGCAUACUACUCGAAAAGGAUCCUUCUGCGAUACCCAGCAUAAUCGUUUGUGCCUGCGGUGCCGUGUUAUGGCAAUCGAGCGUACCGAAAAAAAGCAAAUUUUCCAAACCGACAGCAAACGCUCUCAUGUUAUUUGCCGUAGGAUCCAUUAUUUACGGAACAAUGUCCCUUUACAGAUUAGGAUACAUAUUAAGUGCAACCCUGUUAAUAUUAUCCAUCAAUCAAAUUUUAUCAUUUUGGUGA